AUGUUGAAAGAGGUACGUUCCAAAAAACAACAUUUAUUUAAUAAGGAUGACAAACUCAAAGUCAUUGAAAUAUUUGGAGAGAGUAUUCUAUCUGCUCCCGACACUGAACGUUGGAAAAAACGUCAUCGAGUGUUGUCAGCUGCAUUUUCGAGGGGAAAUUUGGAAUUCAUGUGUAAAGUGGCUGUCAAAACCACAGACCAGUUGAUCAAGACCAAGUGGGAGAUUCUCCUUCAGUGUUCGGGCGCCCAACAAAAUGUUCAAUAUUGGUCAGACACUUUGGAUGAAUUUAUUGUGGAGAGAAAGAAAAAAAUUGAGAAGGGUGAAGAGAUUUCACAACAAGAUUUGUUGAGCUUGAUGGUGAAAGCAAACAUUGAAAAUAAUGAUUUGACUACUGAUCAUGUUAAAUCGAAUGCAUUACUUCUCUUUUUGGCAGGCACGGAAACAAGUUCCAAUACACUGCAAUGGGUAAUUUAUGAGUUGGCCAAACGUCCUGAAAUUCAGAAACGAGCUCAUCAAGAAGUUGACGAGGUUCUUCAAAAUGGCAAGUUAGAUCCUUCUUUCCAACUCUACGAUUCUUUUGUGUUUUGUAAUGCCAUUAUUCAUGAAACUUUACGUUGUCAUCCACCUGUAGGCUCUCUCUCCAAACGAUGCAUUAAGAAUACACAACUUGGAAAAUUCGAAAUUCCCAAAGGUACUGCUAUUCAUCCUUUGAUUACUCAAGCCAAUAAGAAUGACCAAGUUUGGGAAUUGCACCAUACCUUCCAUCCAGAUCGAUUUGGCGGAUGA